GUGCUCUAUACAUUUAUCCUUAAGUUUUCUAGGGUUUGUGAUAAACAAACCAAAACAGCAUACGUAUCGUCGUUGCCGCCUCUAUUCACCUUCACUUUGCUGUUCAACUCUAUCUGCGGCGUCUGUCCGAUCAUUUACACGUUUCCACCGCCUCACCGUUAGCGAUUUCCUAGAUUGGAAUCGGUGCUCCUUAAUUCGAGAGUGCUACUAGUUCGUUUGUCGAUACUGUUGUGAUGAUUCAACGUGCGACUCUGAUUUUAUUUGUGAUAUUGUGGUGAUGUGUGCUUGUGUUAUGGUGUUAGUCUAGCAUGUCCAACAAUCUUGUAUCGCAGCAGUUGCCAAUUCAGGGCAUCCAAAUGGGUCAGCUGGAACCCAUUUCAAACAAAUUAGACUCAUCAAUGCAAUUGGGAGUAAUGGGAUCAGGGAUCAGUGCUCCUGCAUUGCAGCAGAUGUCAAUGCCAAAUAUGCAGAUGGGAAUGAUGGGGCUAGUUUCCGCUGAUGCACAAUCACAACAUAUAUCGGUUUCAAGCAACCAAAUGCAGCCAUUGUUAACAAUGCCUAGUGACAAUGUUAUGCAAUUAGGAGAGAUGGAUCCACAGGCGUACAAUCUUGCAUCAGAGCAGUUCUUGUUACCUGGCAAGCAACUGGGAGAGAUGGGAACCUUAUUGAACAAUGUGGGGUCCCAGCACCCAUCAAUGUUGAAUAAGCGAAAGGCACCUAUAGAUCCCACAUUCAACAACAUCGGGCUGCAGAAGAUGUCAAUGCCUAACAAGCGGUUUGCACAAAUGGAGCAUAGGCCAUGGUUGCAGCAAAUAUCCAUGCCAAAUAAGUUAGCAGUGCAGAUGCAAUUGCCAUCCAAUCCUAACACUUCUGGUGUGCUGCGUUCACAACCUCCUCCUAAGAGAUCAACUUAUGUCAAGGCUGGUCUGCAACAGUCAUCAAUUCUGAAAAAUUCUAGUGGACAGCCAUCUCCGAAGGUUCAAAGCGAAUCAUCUGAGUCUGUAAGAUCCAAGCUAAGGGAAUCAUUAGCAAGUGCACUAUCUUUGGUUUCUCAGAAGCAGGAUAAAAAUGAGGCUCCUGCAGCUGGAACAAAACAGGAAAAUUCUCAACCGUCUGAGCAGACUUCAGGCACUGCCGAUGUGUCCGAGGAAUGCAAACGAUCUUUACCCACCAAGAUGUUAUCUCAAGAAACUUCUAAUUAUACUGGUGAUUCUGUACAGAACUCAAAAAGUGAUGGCCUGGACUGUCAAUCAACUACUGGUUUGCGUGAUGAGGAUGCUUCAUUUAGUGACAGCUUUUUUGUCAAAGAUGAACUUUUACAGGGAAAUGGGCUAUCCUGGGUAUUGGAACCUGUGAAAGUAGACGAAAAAAAUGUUGGAACUGGCCAGAAACAGUGGCAUCCAGAGGUUUUCUGCAGGGACAGUGGAGGAGAAGUGGCUCUAUCACCACAAAUAUUGGCAUCUAAAAUUGAAGCAGAACUCUAUAAAUUAUUUGGAGGAGUAAACAAGAAGUAUAAGGAGAAGGGAAGGUCUCUGUUGUUCAAUUUGAAGGAUCGUAAUAAUCCUGAAUUGAGUGAGAGAGUUAUGUCGGGAGAAAUCCCUCCUGAGAGACUCUGUUCUAUGACUGCAGAGGAGCUCGCAUCUGAGGAGCUUUCUCAAUGGCGGAUAGCAAAAGCUGAGGAGCUUGCUCAAAUGGUGGUACUGCCUGAUUCAGAUGUUGAUAUGAGACGAUUGGUGAAGAAAACACACAAAGGCGAGUUCCAAGUAGAAGUUGAACCCCAGGAUAGUGUCUCUGUGGAGGUUUCUGUUGGGGCAAGUUCACUCUCUCGUAUGCGACCCAAACCAAAGCAGAAGGAAGCCUCUUCGCCCUCAAAACCCGAGCACAUGAAAGAUAAAGGAAAUGCUGCUAGUGAAAAAGUUAGUUCAGAGACCCAGAAUGUUCUCAUGAUUCCUUCCAGUGAAGGGAGCGACUUGAUGCAAGGGCUUAUGGUGGAUGACGAACUCAAAGAUGCAGAAUUUCUCCCUCCAAUUGUCUCCCUUGAUGAGUUCAUGGAAUCCCUAAAUUCAGAGCCUCCAUUUGAAAAUUUACCUGUGGAUACUGGAAAAACGACACGUGUAUCUGACAAGGAUGAUUCACAAGGUGGUUCAGAAUCCAAGUCUCCUGAUGCAACUCCUAGAGAUCCUUGUGAUACUACCUCUAGUAAACCUGAUGCUGUGGAUGUGAAGAGCGCAAAAUUGGAUGCUGAUGGGAAAUCCACCGACAAUCUUGUAAAAUCAAAGGUGGCACCUCCCCUUGCCAUCCCCAAGGGUGAACGCGUUUGGGAGGGCUUACUUCAGCUGAAUAUUUCAUCCACGGCCUCAGUUAUUGGAAUUUUUAGAAGUGGUGAAAAAACUUCUGCAAAAGAUUGGUCAGGCUUUAUUGAGAUUAAGGGGAGGGUGAAAUUGGAUGCAUUUCAGAAGUUCCUGCAAGAGCUGCCGAUGUCACGAAGUCGUGCCAUUAUGGUAUCUCAAGUUUCUUUUCAUUGUGCUAAAUUUUGGUUUUGUUACUACAGCCCAGAAAAGAGGGACGUGCUAUCCCUUUGUGUUGAUCCCAGUUUGCUAAUGGUGCAGUAUCAGCAUAGGAUGUUUCCAACUAUGGCUUUGCACUUCGUUUGCAAGGAGUCGUCCGCGGAAAGUGAGCAUGCAGUUCUCAGUGAGGUGGCUGAUUCCUACGUCACGGAUGGGAGGGUGGGUUUUGCUGAGCCUGCUCCUGGAGUGGAGCUCUAUUUUUGCCCACCUCAGUCAAAGACUUGUGAAAUGCUCGCUGAGGUCCUCCCAAAGGACCAAGUUGAUGCCCUUAAUGCUAUCAAUAAUGGUUUAAUUGGUGUUAUUGUAUGGAGAAAACCUCAAAUAACGUCAACAAUAUCACCCAACUCAGCAUCACACCAUAAACACAAUCCGAAAAAGCAACAUUCCUUUUCUAGGAGACACCCAGAAAAGGAUGCUAAUGUCAAUGCGAAUGUCACGGCAAAGCCGCAGAACUUACCCCAUGCUGGGGCUAAACCUCAAUCUGAUGAGGAUGACGAUGAUGAUGUGCCUCCUGGGUUUGGCCCACCAGCCACCCGGGAGGAGGAUGACUUACCCGAGUUCAACUUUUCUCGUGGCUCUGUUCCAUCAGGCCCGCAGUUUUCUACCCAUAAUUUAAGUCGGGGGCAACGGAUGCUCCCUUUCCAGCCACAUCCCCAAACACCAUCUCGUCCUGUAGAUCAAAUGAGGCAGCUUGUACAAAGAUAUGGACAACCUAUAACUAGUGGUCCUUCAGGGAAUUGGCAGGGUAACAGAGGUAUUGGGGUAGCGGUUCAGCCGUGGAAUGAUGACGACGAUGAUAUGCCCGAGUGGCAUCCAGAAGAAAACAAAACACAGAUCCCACAGUCGCUGCCGGUGCAAGUGCACGGCAUGCAACAAUCGAUAUUACGUGCCCAUAUGGCGCAGUCGACAGCACCAUAUCAACAAAUUCUUCAACAAACCAUGCCUUUGCAGCCCCCGAUGAAUGUGAUGCAUGGUCGCCAAAAUAGUGUCCCCUCGUGGAGUACCACGCCUGUUUCUCAUAACCUUGCUAAUGCUGCUUAUCAGACCAAUUAUGGAGCACCAUCUGGACUUGAAUCUGGGCAGCAUGGCAUGUCUUGGCGUAGAGAUGCUCCUAGAAGUAGAGGCUUUUGAUAAUAUUUCAUGUAUUGUAUAUGUUAGUUUUUUUUUUAUUUCCUUAUUUGUCUUUUUGCAUAUUUAAGUUAAUGUAGCCCUUUUAUUUCUUUGUAAGUUUUUCAAGUUUAAGUUUGCAGAAAAAACCGUGUAUGAAAAUAGGCUGUUGAAAUUAGUGGGAACAAAACACCGAGUGCCUUAUUAUGCGUCAUCGAAAUAAAGGUUGUAGAACUUGCACUCAAA